CCUGUCACAAAUGCCAACCGCGUUUCACGGCCAACAAACUUUUAAUCUGAAUGGAUUAUAUAUGGAUUUAUAAUGAAUCCACUGAAUAAAUACUUGUUUUAAUGUUUUACUUCAUCAUAAACCAACAAAGCAACAACAAAAAAAAUGAAAACCAUCAUUUUUGGAUACUAUUUCUUCACUACUUCUCUUCUAAUGGGACGAUGCGCGUUACAAGCUGCUUCAAACCAGCGUAGUGAGACCCCACGUGACAAUUUCAUAGAGUUUGACUCCGUUCCUGACAAAGUGGUAGAUGGCUCAGUGGUCCGUGUGCGGUGUCACUGCUCCGGGCCAUGUCAGCUUGCAGUGGAGGUGGCAGUGUCUACAUUAAGGAGGACGGAUUUAGUGGUCUUCAGGAGGAAGUGGAUCAGCGGCACAAGCAGAGCCUGCGGGAUCCGCCAGGUCCGGCUCAGGCUGCCUCCGUCCAUUUCAUAUCGACACGACCUUUUCAACAGGAACAUUUUGAUCACCCAAAAUGUGACAGUCCGUGCUUGGCUGGACCAUUUUACAAAUGGCAGUGAGCUCGGCGCAUACUACAGUUCCCUGUGGAGAGUUUACAAAGUGCUAAAGAUAAUGCCACUCUCAGAGAGGCCAGCUAAGCCUCCCACUGGGUGCCCGUCAUGGUCUGCUCAACUGAUGUGGGAGAUGACCAGAAUCCAUCAGUGUCCACAUGACUCAGACGUAAUCGAUAUUCUAAAGUUCCCUUUGGCAAGUACUGGUGAGCACUUUGGAGUGGUCCGCAGGUUCCAGCCUUUUAUCGACACGGCGCUGGAGAGAGCUCGCGUUCACGCUGUGACACACCCCAGCGUCACCUUAUCUGUGUGGAUCUACCUUCUGAAAUGGUGUCACCAUAAGCUCUGCGGGAUCAUCCAUCACGUUGAUAGGAGAAAUUUAUACGACUCAGUUCUGAUGCAGCUUACAGACACAGGAGACAUCAUAAUUCAGGCUCGUGUGACAACGGGAGAAUAUGAAGCAUUCCUUGCCAGCGUCAUGUUGCCCCUGUGGAAAUGGAUUAGAUUAGACUGUUAUAUACAGGACUCCAAGGUUCUGUUGGAUACAACAUGGGACGGUGAAUCCCGUAGAUCUGUGUUUGAAUUUCAGCACAGCAUCUACUAUGAUGACACUGACGGAUACUUUGUGAUUGGAGGAGGCAAAUACAUGCCAGGAGUUCGGGGGUAUUUUGGGCCUGUGAAGUACUACCGUUUUGGAACCGAAGAGAUAAAUAACCAACUUCACCCCGAGACAACGUUACGUGAACUGGAGAGAACUCAUCAGGGGUGCCAGGAGAUAACAGCAUUCACUAAAGCUUUUCUGAGAGAAGUUACCGGGAAUCACCUUCGGUCACCGAGCAGCAGAGGUGCCUGCGUCGCUGCUUUACCACUGUGGGGUCAGUUCGAAAAGAAAGAGAAAACCUGCACGCAAACAUGGACGUGGGAGGUGCAACUUAAAUACAGCACUCUUUUUAAAUUCUUGCAAACAAAAGAGGAGGAAAUCAGGACGGGUUCUUGGGGUACGAAGCUCCUGCAGACGACUUUAUUUGACCAAGCAGUUGGUACAGUGCUCCCUGUGGAUAAGGCACAAAUGGAAGUCACAUCCGAAUCAAUGACUUUACUCCAAGUGUGCUCCUGCUUUGGAAAUCACAGAGCCUCUCUCUUGUUGGCCACCAUCCACCUCUCUGGCCUGGGACAGUCAGUCAAUCAACAGCAGGGUCAUGUCUAUAGUUUGGUUGGCGCUUCGGGUGACGACCUCUUUUCCCUGAUGCAUGCUGGGUACAAACACACGCAAGGAAUUGAUGGGUUUCCUAAAGACCUGAAUAUGGCUUAUAGCUACUAUUCCAAUGCUGGGGAUCAGAGCAGCAUCGAUAGCUCCCAUGUACAUGGAAGUAAGCAAUAUCUAGUUGAGCAUAUCUAUUUAAGCAAGGAAGACGAUAUAAACAGCCUGAUACAUGAGACGAGUGACGUCUUCCAAUACGUGAAAUUCCAAGCGGAGAGAGGAGACAUAGAAUCCCAGAAACGCAUGGGAAGAAUGCUUUACUGGGGACAGAAUGGAGUCUCAAAAGACAUAGCGAGUGCGGUGAAGUGGUUUGAGAGAAGUGCUAUGCAAAUGAAGGAUCCCUCGGCGAUGUACGACUACUCCAUCCAACUUAUGAAGGGUCACGGAGUAAAAAGAAACCAUACCCGAGGUUUUCAGCUCCUGAAAAAGGCGGCGGCGAUGGGCUCAAUUAGCGCCUUGAAUGGUUUAGGCUGGUACCAUGGGAUUGUGCUGAAAGACCACAAGAAUGCAGUGAAAUACUUUGAACAAGCCGCUUUAAAUGGGAGCGAAGACGGGAUGUUCAAUCUGGGAAUUUAUUAUCUCAAUGGGAAAAGCCCAAACAGUCCACUGAGGAAUGAGAGCGCAGCAUUCCUGCAGUUUCUGAACGCGUCUCGUCUUGGUCACGCGGCCGCGUCGGUGGAGGUGGCUUGGUACCUUUCGACGGGAAGCCUGGAAGGGGUGUCUCAGGAUGUGGAGAGGGCUGUGAUACUGCUAAAAAAGGUCUGUGAACAGAACGGACACCUUGGAUUUAUGAUCAGAGAUGCUCUUCAGGCCUACCUCCAGGCCUCUUGGCAGGAAGCAUUUAUGAAAUAUGCUCUGGCCGCUGAAGCUGGUCUGGGUUUGGCCCAAAGCAACGCUGCACACCUGUGUGAGGAACUGAAUCUCAGCUACGAUUGUCAGCGGAGAUAUCACAACUACUCUAUAUUAAACUAUGAUCCCCAUCCGUCCGCUCUGCUGAAAAUGGGAGACUACUAUUACUACCACCAUUCCUCCAGCACACGAGAAGACUCAUUAUCCUUGGUUGAGCAGGCCAUAUCAAUGUAUAGCAGAGCCGCUCUAGCAGGCAGCCCUCAGGGAAUGUACAAUCUGGCCGUUCUGUCACAACAAGGGCACGUUCUCCCACCGAGCACCCGUGGCCUGUUUAACGUGUCGCAUCGCGAUGAGCCGGAUACGAUGACGGAGAAGAUCUUAAAAAGAUGUGUAGAGGCUGAGGAUGGAGAGGCAGUAACGCCCUGUUCUUUAGCUCUGCUUGCACUCCAGAUGGGAAGAGCCUUGAGGAGAAUGACUCACAACGGUGCCCAGCUCUUCUUGACAUAUGCAUCUCUUCUUUCUGUCCUCGUAAUUAUUGUCCUUGUGCCAUUGCGGAGCUGUCUUGGUGUGUUUACCUCCUUUCAUCGUCCUCAUCUGCAACCAAACACAGAGCACAGAUGCCGUGUGAUUGCACUGAGAACGAGGACGUCGACUGCCAGCCAAGACGGUGUCAACACGAGCAGAGAGCAAGAUGGCAUCAUGGGAAGAGCCUACACAGCAGCAAGGAAUCAAUGGCUUACCAUGCUGAAUAGCGAGCAGUGGCUCUUGGAAACCAGCGAUUUGGCUGUGACUCUGUCGGGCGUGUGCCUGUGUGCUUUCUGGACCACACUCCUCUAUCAUCUCCUAUGACAUACAAUACCCAGCACAGUGAUCCAAUAGCCACAGCUGAAGCCCCAGACACUACAUAUUGUAAGAGCGUACAUUUAGCGGUUGGGUGAGAGAACCAUUUGCAUGACACAUUUGUGUCAUGUGCCUGAUUUUAGGACAGGAAACACAGACGUUCUGGUCAGGAUGUGAGCAUCCUGAUUUAUCUCAGUGUCGACGAUUCCAUUGUUGCGUUCACGGAAAAUGAAAAACUUGGGUUCAUUUAAUAUAUUGCGAGUUCAACUUACAGUUUGUAUUGAUUUGCUGACGUGUUUGCCAAAGGAGGAGUGUGAGUGUUAUCUUAUGUAAGUCCAAUAUAAAUCGAAAAUGAUGAUGUGUGUUAAAAAGCAAAAACAAAUCUGCCUCGGGGACGGAUGUGUUGAGAGAUGUUGUGUCGGAAGCUGUGUUCUAAUAAGUCAACUAUUAAGGCUUGUCCCUGGGCCUAUCAGUGACGUGCAGAUGAUAAAUGUCACUCAGGAGACAGGAUAUGCAACGACAGCAUGCGGGGACCUGAAACAUUGUGUCUGGUCAGUGCAAUGGAAUCUCAGAUCUUAUUGAUUUAGUCCCUUGCUGAGCAGGUGCUCAUGGUCAAUACAUAAGAUAAGACGAUAUAAGCUUUAGCCAUUGCUAAGGAGAAUUUGGCCGGAGAGGAAUUUACUAUAGCAACAGGUGACACUUCAAACACAUCUUUAGGGCCUGUUUGGGGGUGUUAGUCAAAAAAGCUUUUCCCCGUUUUUGUGUGUUCAUAAAGAUAACAUAACUGGCUAUAUUCUUUGACGGAUUUUGUUUAUAUGACUGCCAACGAGUAUGAGGGACAGGGUUACUCAGUUCUUAACAGUUAUUUACAGCUCCGUGUGGCUUGUUGUGAUGAUGUGCCGUUUAUAGCUGGUAUUCAUGGAGCUGUCAUUAGUUAAAUAAGGAGUUUCACCGUGUAAACAGAUCCAUGUGGAGCUCCUUCAGUUUAAAGUGACGUCUGUGUGUAAUUUCGGAUGGACUAAUGAUCUCCCUUCCUUCUUCUGUCUCUGUCCUCAGUGUCGUCUGUCUUAGCCCUUAAAGGAGAAAACAAAAACACUGCAUACAUGUAAUGCACUAAUCACCAGUGGCAGUACUGUACAGGUUACUUUGAUCACCACGGGAGAAAUUCAAAAGAAAAACUUCUGUGUGACUACUGGGAUGGUGCUGUCUGUGACGAGGUGUCAUUAUAUCCAGUUUUCUAAGUUUUGCUCAAACAUUCACUGACGUUUUUGGCAUCAUCCAUGUAAAACAUAACUAGUAAUCAUACCUGCUGCAUUCUGCCAAGCUGCAUUCUCUACGGUAACGGCACAACAAAAUGAAUAAUAAUAGAAAAGAGCAUGGUUAAAAGGCAGUGGAAACCGGCUAACAGAGGGAAUUACUUUUAUUCUUUUCUUACAUUUAUUUAUCUGCUAGAAUGGAACAUAAUAUUUUACAGAGAGAAAGCACUGUCUCGAGCUAAAUGCUUGUGUAAGACAUGCCUGUAGGUUAUUAUGAUUACCCAGCUCACCAUCCAUGCAAUUUGCUUAUACCAGGAAGUGACAAGUCAGCUAAUGUGCGGUUGUAUUCUAAACUAAACGUAUUUACUGAGCAUUCACUUUUAUAGGAUCCAUAAUCAAGCCACAGUGUGAUACCGUAGUUGUGGCUGAACAUCAAAUACUUGCUUUAUCUAAAAUCCCAGACCUGGUUUAUCACCAAAGUUCUGUGAACCAGCAGAUUUUCAGGGAAAAUCGAACUCACAAGACCCCAGACAUUGUGCUGAUUUCUGUAUUGAUUUAAGCCAUAAACUACAAAGCCAUGUGUGGUUUACAUUUGAGCGAGUACUUUUGAUCGUAAUGAGUUGAUAAGAUUGAUAAGACUUGAAUAGUCACCUUGCGUAAGGUAGAUCAUGGCUCAUACACACUUUGACCAUCAUUACUGAUCAGCUGAUUAACAGCUGUCACACUGAUCCUUCAGCUCCAGCAGAAUUACACUCUCCUUGAACCCAGUGAAAAGAUCGAUAGAGGAAUACACACUUUCACCAGUUUUCCUAUUCUUCAGAACAAAAACAAAAAAAUAAUAUUUUAUAUGUAUGAAGUCUUGUGUUUUUUAUUUUUUUUUUUGUCAGCUCAAAUGUCAUUUUGUAGGGUGGUCCUUGAGAACCUCACUUUUAGGGUGCCCUUUACCACCUCGCUGGGGACUACAGCUGGAUAUUAGCUUUGCUAGCUAAAGCCGCCCUAUUUACUGGCACCUGGUACAGUUGAUUAUUAGGGACUCUCCACAUCACAAUAAACUAAACUAAACUGAAACCUGUUUGAACUCGAUCCUGAAAAGGUGCAUGCUGCCUUAGCGUGCAUCCUCAUUCAACCUCAGUUGGACUUUGGUGUGACGUGUAUCUGCCAACCUGGAGAACAAUAUCUUCUAGGGUGAUAAAAGGAAAUAAAAAUAAAACAAUUUAA